AUGGGAAAUGGUUUUGACAGGGAAAGGACUUUAAGAGUGAUGCUUACACAGAUGAUACAAAGCGUUUUUAAAAGGAUCUUUUGAUAGUGUCGUUAAGAUAAUGGCUCGGGUUGUGAAAGUGUUUGUGACUCUGCGGAAUCAUUGGAAGAAGUCCACAGUCGCUGCGUGUGCCCUGUCAUACGGUGGACACUGGCUAUAUGGUAAACACUGGUGCGUAACGUUUUCCUUCAGAAUUACCUGUAUGGUUGUUAAAUCAAGUAAUAAUAAUAAUAAUAAUAAUAAUAAGCCAUUUAGCAGACGCUUUUAUCCAAAGCGACUUACAGUCAUACAGAUCAUCACUAGCAUGAAUAUCAUUGAGCACGUACACACGAAUUGGUAGCCAUUGAGAAAUCAUCACCCAUCAAGGUCUUACAGAACGGCUCUUAUGAUUUGAAAUCCAGCAAUAUUGAAUAACAGGAGGAUGUCUUUUAAUCAGUUGUUUUCUUUGUCAAUAAAUUGUUAUUUAUUUGUUCACAGUGAUAAUCUGCUGCGAAGAGAAGCUUGUCUGGCGGCCAGGGUGAGACAUGGCUUAUUGUGUACAAUAUGUGUCUGCGUUCAAGGAUUCUGCACCUGCAUUUACUGUUUUCUUCUCUAAUGCAAAAUACUCCAUUCUCAAUUGCAGGAAUUUGGACGUCAGCAGAUAUCACCCCAGGAGCAGUUGAAGAAAGCCACAGUCAUCCUAAACCCAGCAGCUUGUAGUGGGUAAAUAAGAGAUAAUAGUCACAUUCCCUAAAGUCAAACAAAGAGAAUAAGCAAGAGGUCCAGCUUAUUGCACCACCACCAUUUCCCAUUUCUAUUGUCAUUUGUGUUUGAUUAAUCUGUCUUGCUGUUCUCUUGCUCUUCCCUCUGAUCAUAGGAAAGCCAACAACUUAUUUGAGAAGAAUGCUGCCCCUAUAUUACACCUGGCUGGUAUGGAUGUGACACUAGUAAAGGUAGGCCUACAAUUUUGUUUUCCCUAUGGCAUCUAAGGCCUUAUAGUCUAUAGUUCUACAUAGUAUAAUACUGUACAUGUGUCUUCUUUCUUUCAGACAGACUAUGAGGGCCAAGCGAAGAAAUUGAUGGAGCUGAUGGAGAAAACAGACAUGCUGAUUGUGGCUGGAGGGGAUGGCACUCUGCAGGAGGUUAUCACUGGCUUGCUGCGGAGGGCUGAUCAAGUAAGUUGUGUGGCAUUGACUGUUGUAUUAUCCUUGUAUUACUAAUUGUAUGUUAUAAGCAUUGUGUAAUACCGUUUUAGCUAAGCUGUCUCUAACUACCCAGUUUUAUGGGUGUUUCUCAAACCCAGGAGUCAUUCAGUAAAACCCCCAUAGGAUUUAUCCCACUGGGGUCCCACAAUUCCCUGAGUGAGAGUCUGCACAUCCUCAGUGACAAUCAGGUGAAGUAAGUAUCCCAUUGAAACACGGCACACUUGUUCAUUCAGAUACAAACAAAACCCAUGCCAUCAUCUUCUCCUUAGUGUCCUAAAAUAUCCUCCAAUCUUUUUGUCAUCCAUAUUGUGUCUUGUUUUCAGACACAUCACAUCAGCGACAUUGUCCAUCCUGCAAGGAGAAACGGUACCUCUGGAUGUGCUGCAAAUCAAGGUGAGACCAGAAGGGUCUGGGGUUCAGGGAGGGGUCAAGAUGACACAAACUGAUAUUACCUUAAAUUGCCAUUGAAUAACCAUAACUCUAUUGAGAGCAAGAUAGAAAAUGGUAUUGUGUUUCUGGUUUUCUGUAUCCAGGGAGAGAAAGAACAGCCAGUGUUUGCCCUGAUUGGUCUACGGUGGGGGGCCUUCAGAGAUGUGGCUUCCACCAUCAAAAAGUAAGAACCCAGCAAUUACUAGUCAAACUUCGGAGCUUAUGGUAAACACGUUUCCCCCAUAUUAUACUUUUACGUGCAUAACAUUCUAAUAAUAUGAAGUUAUGUUUCUUCUCUAAAAAUACAUUUCUCAUAUUGCUGUGCUUUCUAUCUUAGAUAUUGGUACCUUGGCCCGUUGAAGACAAAAGCAGCUCAUUGGUUCAGUACAUUACGGGUGAGAAACAUGACUGUUUCCAUUUAAUAUCCAUGUACCUCCAUUGUUCCGCCAUGCAUUUGUGUCAUGCUGUCUUCUUGCAUCCCUCAGGAAUGGCCCCAGGUUCACGAGGCCUCUGUGUCCUACCUGGCCCCGACCCUUCGCCCUCCUGACCUGCCCGAACAAAUGCCCCAGCGCCCCAACCUAAUGUACCGCAUUGCCCGCAGACUGAAAAAUUACUGGUACCCACCUAUUCCAGGUAACACUAUAUUUGUGUUAGUGUUUGUUUGUCUGUCUGUACAUAGCACUACGCUACGUCCUUUAAAUGUCCUUGUGCAUCUUCUAUUUAACAACGCAUGACUGGCAUUGGUUAUGUGUUUGUGCAGAGCCUCCCAAAGUGGAGGAGCCAGAGAGAUGGGAUGAGAGGACGUUGUCUACUUUGGAGCUGUCAAUCCAUACUCAGAACAAAAACCCUGUCCAGACGGUCAGUAUUAAUAAUAAUAAUAAUAAUAAUAAUAAUAAUAAUAAUAAUAUUUUAUUUUUACAUAGUUGCUACCACAACAACAGUGACAGGAUGUUAAAACUGCCUGUUCUCUUGUUUGUCCUUCAGCGUAUUGAUGACUCCCUGCUGGUGUGUGUGGAGCCAGACUCCUUCACCGUGGGAGAGUUCAUCACUGUUGGGUAAGUUGUGGAGAUAUACUUUCUCACAUUAUUAGUGUAAUAACUGAAUAAAAUAAAUGAAUGGUUAUUCAUGUAGCAUGUGUCAAGGCUGUUGCAUUUUCUGUGUUGCAGAGAGAAAAAAGCGCAGGACUCAACUGCAUUCACAAGACAAUCACUGAAGCUGGAGGCCAGUGCAUGUCGACUCAAUCUGCCCGAGGUCAGACACUCCCUCAUCUGUUUUAGGCCUAUAAACUUCAGAUAAAAGACCAAUGAACCACUGUGCCUCCAUCUUGGCACUCCCCCACCGUUGUGAAAAAUAUUUUGGAAGCUAUAGAAAUGCAUUUAUUAAUGUCUACAUUUGUUUUUUGCCAAAUUUAUUAUAUUACAGACACCUUAAUGCAUUCUUCUAAAUUAUAUUAUGUCAGCUAAACAUAAAAAUGAACAAAUAUAUUUUUAAAAAUUCCUUAAACUAUAAUUUCUGUCCCCACUACAACAAAACAUACUUAAAUACAUGUCAUUUUGGCCUUGAAACAUUUAAUUUAAAUACUGUAGAAUUCCGUUCAUUCAUAUUCCUACUGGGGAGUGCCAAUAUGGCCGACCGGUGGUUUCAAAGCCUCUCAAUGGCCAAAACAUAGCAUCACCAAUCCAGGGUUUAUAUACAUCAUUGGACAAGACGCAUUACGGUCUUGUGGUUUUUAUCAUUAUAACCCUUAAAUAAAUUACACUUAUUCUUGUAUAAAUUGGUUUAUUUUAGUAUGCGUGCGAUACUCCUUUUGCUCCAUGACCUCUCUCUACUGUCCUGUCCCGUUUCCUCUCCCACAGGAAGGUGCUGGCUUCUACAACAUCGACAACGAGGAGUACGAGGCCAUGCCGGUGGAGGUGAGGCUGUUGCCACGGAAACUGCGCUUCUUCUGCAGCGCGGAACGCAGAGAGCAGCUCCUCACACAGGUCCAGUGAGGGAAGUGCUGCAGUGACAACAAUAUGCAGGACACAGAGAAAUAGGGAGGAGGGUCAAUGCAAGGGGCCAGUAGUGGCUGUAUUGGGACUCUACCUCUACUGUAUCUGGGAGUGUCUGCUUUUUUAUGUCUGGAGUAUGUCAUUAAACAGCCAUAACACACAGCUGGACCAAUGUGGACCAGUCUACAGUGAGGUCUCAUUGUUAAAGUACAUUGACAUGUUCAGUUGGAAUAUUUUCACAAUUAUGAAAGAUGACAAUAUGAUGCAGUAACAAGGACCAAGCAUUUUGUUGCUAUUUCCAAAGCCUUUAGCUCAUAGAAGUCUGCCUGGCAGGACUAUUGGUGUAACUGACUGGUUUACUACUGUAUAUUGUCAUGUGUAUUGUUAAAUAUGUGUAAUAAGAAUAUAAUUCAAUAACUCAGUUAUGAUGCCAACAGUUCUGUCACUUUUUAAUACCAAUGGGAAUAAACAGUCUUUAGAGAUGUGCAGAGACUUUGUCCUCCAUGUACAGUACUAUGUUAAAAUUAGAUACAUUGGUAUGAGAAUCACUCUCCCUUGGCAACACUAUAUCACAAAUAUAAUCCAUCAAGCAUCAGAGAAAACAUGUUUUAUUGUUUUACAAAGUCAGUACUGUAUAAUGUCACCAGCUUGAAAACAACAGUGGCUCAUGCGAUCAAGUUACUAAAUGUGUAUUCAUCACUAAAGUCUCAUUGUUUUACAGUAGUACAGGUUCUGGAUGUACAGUGGGGGAAAAAAGUAUUUAGUCAGCCACCAAUUGUGCAAGUUCUCCCACUUAAAAAGAUGAGAGAGGCCUGUAAUUUUCAUUAUAGGUACACGUCAACUAUGACAGACAAAUGGAGAAUUUUCUUUCCAGAAAAUCACAUUGUAGGAUUUUUUAUGAAUUUAUUUGCAAAUUAUGGUGGAAAAUAAGUAUUUGGUCACCUACAAACAAGCAAAAUUUCUGGCUCUCACAGACCUGUAACUUCUUCUUUAAGAGGCUCCUCUGUCCCCCACUCGUUACCUGUAUUAAUGGCACCUGAUUGAACUUGUUAUCAGUAUAAAAGACACCUGUCCACAACCUCAAAGAGUCACACUCCAAACUCCACUAUGGCCAAGACCAAAGAGCUGUCAAAGGACACCAGAAACAAAAUUGUAGACUUGCACCAGGCUGGGAAGACUGAAUCUGCAAUAGGUAAGCAGCUUGGUUUGAAGAAAUCAACUGUGGGAGCAAUUAUUAGGAAAUGGAAGACAUACAAGACCACUGAUAAUCUCCCUCGAUCUGGGGCUCCACGCAAGAUCUCACCCCGUGGGGUCAAAAUGAUCGGUGAGCAAAAAUCCCAGAACCACACGGGGGAACCUAGUGAAUGACCUGCAGAGAGCUGGGACCAAAGUAACAAAGCCUACCAUCAGUAACACACUACGCCGCCAGGGACUCAAAUCCUGCAGUGCCAGACGUGUCCCCCUGCUUAAGCCAGUACAUGUCCAGGCCCGUCUGAAGUUUGCUAGAGUGCAUUUGGAUGAUCCAGAAGAGGAUUGGGAGAAUGUCAUAUGGUCAGAUGAAACCAAAAUAGAACUUUUUGGUAAAAACUCAAAUCGUCGUGUUUGGAGGACAAAGAAUGCUGAGUUGCAUCCAAAGAACAACAUACCUACUGUGAAGCAUGGGGGUGGAAACAUCAUGCUUUGGGGCUGUUUUUCUGCAAAUGGACCAGGACGACUGAUCCGUGUAAAGGAAAGAAUGAAUGGGGCCAUGUAUUGUGAGAUUUUGAGUGAAAACCUCCUUCCAUCAGCAAGGGCAUUGAAGAUGAAACGUGGCUGGGUCUUUCAGCAUGACAAUGAUCCCAAACACACCGCCCGGGCAACGAAGGAGUGGCUUCGUAAGAAGCAUUUCAAGGUCCUGGAGUGGCCUAGCCAGUCUCCAGAUCUCAACCCCAUAGAAAAUCUUUGGAGGGAGUUGAAAGUCUGUGUUGCCCAGCGACAGCCCCAAAACAUCACUGCUCUAGAGGAGAUCUGCAUGGAGGAAUGGGCCAAAAUACCAGCAACAGUGUGUGAAAACCUUGUGAAGACUUACAGAAAACGUUUGACCUGUGUCAUUGCCAACAAAGGGUAUAUAACAAAGUAUUGAGAAACUUUUGUUAUUGACCAAAUACUUAUUUUCCACUAUAAUUUGCAAAUAAAUUCAUUAUAAAUCCUACAAUGUGAUUUUCUGGAAAAAAUUCUCAUUUUGUCUGUCAUAGUUGACAUGUACCUAUGAUGAAAAUUACAGGCCUCUCAUCUUUUUAAGUGGGAGAACUUGCACAAUUGGUGGCUGACUAAAUACUUUUUUCCCCCACUGUAGCUGUGUAGUUAGUCAAUGUUUUAAGUAUAGGUUUAUAUUACAGUUGUGAUCAAGGAUUAACGGUUAGCUGUUAAAGUACUUGUAGCAUAUUAGUGCUGAAGUAAUACAGAUUUGGCUUUCUAUUGACAUUCAGUGGGGUGACAUACUGUACAAAUAAAUUCAAAUGAGCCAAUGCUGGUACAGGUCUGAACAAUUUCCACAAAGAAGGCAUUUUAUUAUUAUCAUUAUUUUUGUGUCGUGUACAUUCUCUACUACAUUUACAUGAUACACCUGUAAAACAAACAGUCGUAUGCCCAGGAUGUGCUGAAAAGAACAGGGUGGGACAGGUCAAAACAAACAGAGAAGGGUAAAGGGGCUAAGUCAACAUGGGUGUGAAGAACUGUACAUUUAAUCAUAUUAGCAAACACCAAUGUCAGUGUCAAUUGACAUGUUGAUACAGUAGUUGGAAGUGUUUAAAAUCUAAAACAUUUCCUCUAUGCCUCUUCCUGUUGACAGGUAUAAUAAGCCUGUGGUCUUGAUUGAGUGCCUGCACUCAACACUAAAAGAUGACCCACUAAUUAGGCUUUAUAAUCCACACUGUCGGACAGAACUGUCCCCAGCUAAACCUCAAUGAACAGUGCCACUAUUGUCGACAUCUACUGACCAGUCGAACCCAAUGAAAUCAGUUUGCUGUCUUCAUCUAAAAUAUUUGAUGAGUCAUUGAGCUCACAUCUAUUGGAUGACUGCUUCAUACAUUGAUUUAAAACUGUCUCCCAGGACUAUUUGAACAAAAUAACGUAAUCUCCAGGGCCCGUUUUCAAAAAGGGUCUCAGAGUAGGAAUGGUGAUCUAGGAUCAAGUCCCCGUCCAUGUAAUCUUAUAAAGAUAACAAUAAAAACGGAUCUUAUAUCGGGUUCUGUCAGUCUGCCCAGAGAGGGGGGUAAAUCCCUCUGUGAACCUCAAGCAUGACAUCACCAGAGAACUAAGAAUACAAAGGAGUCAUUGUUACAUUGACGUGGCACAACGAUCUCCUACCUGCAGCUGACAAGUUCCAACAAGAAAGAAACACUGGAGUUGUAUCUGCCCUCUCAGACCACCCGUGGAUUUAAUUUAAUCUGCAACAAAUCUCAUUGAUAAACGGGCAGCACAGUUUGAAUCAAACAAAAACUAAAGUACACAACACAGAAAGCUUCCUGCUGGCCCGAGACAGACAAGACAUUUACAUCACUGACUUCACUUUUAUAAAUAGUUUCUCUGCUGACAACAUUGGUCCAUUAAAUCAGAGCACAAACAAGUUUACCCAUAAUCAUGUGGUCAUCAAACAAGAGUCCAGAGGUUGCAGUGUGGUGCAGCAUUCAUGAUAAGUUAGUGUCAUAGAAUCACAUUCAUUUAAGUUUCCAGGUUCACAAUUUUAAAAGUCUAAUUAGAAAACUUGAUAAAACACCACACAACACAUUAUCCAGAAGUCACCAUACACAUGUGCAAUGUGACUGUGGAACAAGUAAACCAUAUAAAAGUGACCGGAGUCUGCCAUAUAAGUGUCAGCAUUGGACCAAAUCAGACAAACAGGUGCAGUCUCUAAUGAAAUGUUACAGUAUUUAACAAAUAUCUUAGCUCCAUAAUAAAUACCUCCUUG